AGGGCCCUAUAUAUACUCCACGCGCCACUAUCCUCUUUCAAUCGUAGAUAAAUCGAAACGUUCAAAAGCAUUCGGAAUCUCGCACCCAAAAAUCUUCACUUUAGUUAGUUCAUUUGAGAGUUUCUUGAAAAAUCAGUGAUGGCGAAGAGCGAAGGAAAGGCAAUUGGCAUUGAUCUCGGCACGACUUACAGUUGUGUCGGGGUAUGGCAGAACGACAGAGUAGAGAUCAUCCCCAAUGAUCAAGGCAACAGGACAACGCCGUCCUAUGUUGCCUUCACCGACACCGAGAGGCUCAUCGGCGACGCUGCAAAGAAUCAGGUGGCCAUGAACCCGCAGAACACCGUGUUUGACGCGAAACGCCUCAUCGGGCGGCGUUUCUCCGACCCUUCGGUGCAGGCGGACAUGAAGCACUGGCCGUUCAAGGUUGUUCCCGGCGCCGGCGACAAGCCAAUGAUUGUGGUUCAGUACAAGGGAGAGGAGAAGAUGUUUGCUCCAGAGGAGAUUUCUUCCAUGGUUUUGACGAAGAUGAAGGAAGUCGCAGAGGCUUUCUUGGGGCAGACAGUCAAGAACUCUGUGAUUACUGUCCCUGCCUAUUUCAAUGAUUCCCAGAGGCAGGCUACCAAGGAUGCAGGGGCAAUUUCAGGCAUGAAUGUUAUGAGGAUCAUCAACGAACCCACCGCCGCUGCAAUUGCUUAUGGUUUGGACAAGAAAGGUUCCAGAACCGGCGAAAAGAAUGUCUUGAUCUUUGAUCUCGGCGGCGGGACUUUCGACGUGUCUAUACUGACUAUCGAAGAAGGGAUCUUCGAGGUGAAAGCCACCGCCGGCGACACCCACCUGGGCGGCGAAGAUUUCGACAACAGGCUGGUGAAUCACUUCGUGCAGGAAUUCAAGAGGAAGCACAAGAAAGAUAUCAGUGGAAACGCCAGGGCUUUAAGGAGACUCAGAACCGGCUGCGAGAGGGCAAAGAGAACUCUGUCUUCCACCACUCAGACAACAAUAGAGAUAGAUUCUUUAUAUGAAGGCAUUGACUUCUACGCCACCAUUACAAGGGCGAGGUUUGAAGAGCUGAACAUGGAUUUGUUCAGGAAAUGUAUGGAGCCAGUGGAGAAAUGCCUGAGGGAUGCCAAGAUUGAUAAAUCCCAGAUUCAUGAUGUGGUUCUAGUUGGUGGGUCUACAAGGAUUCCCAAAGUCCAGCAACUUCUACAAGACUUCUUCAAUGGCAAAGAGCUCUGCAAGAGCAUCAACCCAGAUGAAGCUGUGGCUUAUGGUGCAGCAGUCCAGGCUGCAAUUCUGGGAGGUGAAAGUGACCAGAAAGUUCAAGAUUUGCUGCUUCUUGAUGUCACCCCUCUCAGCCUUGGAAUUGAGACUGCAGGUGGUGUCAUGACAACCUUAAUUCCUAGGAACACCACCAUUCCCACCAAGAAGGAGCAAAUCUUCUCCACUUAUUCAGACAAUCAGCCUGGAGUGUUAAUCCAAGUAUACGAAGGAGAGAGGCCAAUGACCAAAGAUAACAACCUGCUGGGCAAGUUUGAACUGAAGGGCAUUCCACCAGCUCCAAGAGGGGUUCCACAGAUCAAUGUCUGCUUCGAUAUCGACGCAAAUGGCAUACUGAAUGUGUCUGCAGAGGACAAGACUGCAGGUGUGAAGAACAAGAUCACCAUCACCAAUGACAAGGGAAGGCUAAGCAAGGAGGAGAUUGAGAGACUGGUCCAAGAGGCAGAGAGAUACAAAGCUGAGGAUGAGCAGAUCAAGAAGAAGGUGGAAGCCAAGAACGCAUUGGAGAACUACGCAUACAACAUGAAGAACACCGUGAAAGAUGACAAGCUUGCUGGGAAACUGGACCCAUCAGACAAGCAGAAGAUCGAGAAGGCGGUGGACGAGACAAUUGAGUGGCUGGACAGAAAUCAGUUGGCUGAAGUUGAUGAAUUUGAAGACAGAUUGAAGGAUUUGGAGAACUUGUGCAACCCAAUCAUCUCCAGGUUGUAUCAAGGUGGCGGAGGAGAUGUGCCAAUGGGUGGUGCUGGUGGUGGUUAUGGCACUGCUGACUCUGCUGGCACUGGCCAGGGGCCAAAAAUUGAGGAAGUUGAUUAAGGAAUAUCCCCUGAAAAUACCUCUUCUUUGAAUGUUUUGUCACUAUUUUUGUCAAUACUUGUGUGGAUUUGAGAAUAAGCGGAGUCAUAAGCCAAGUACAAUGUAACAUUUCUAUACUCUUUGAUUAGCAGAGUGAACUUUGUUUUCUUCUUUCCA